ACUCUUCUUCAUGUUCAAGCAAUGGGAAAUCUCUGUUCUUUGUUUACUCCGCCAAAACCCGUGAAAAAAAGAAAACCUAUCACAAAAAGACAAUCUUCCAUUGGAGCUUCUUCUUCCGGGUCGGGUCUUAAUAGUAACCGUUGGAACAACCGGGUUAGAUCAUCUUCUUCUAGAAGAGACAACAAGUUUGAAGAUGCUGUGAUUCAAGAACAUGCUCUUGCUGCUGCUGCUGUUUUGUUCCGACAACAAAACGGCGGUGGAUCGUUGCCGUUUGAUCGGUCGGCUUCGCAACGUUAUCAAGGUUCUUGUUCGAAGAAGAAUCAAUUGCCUCGAAGUUCAAGUUCGAGGUCAAGGUCUUCUACUGAUCCUCUGUUACAACCUCAUCAGUUUCUUAAUCAGGGUGUAAAGCUAGAUGACUUGGAAACAAACCAUUUUGUUCUCAUCCAUGGAGGUGGUUUUGGUGCUUGGUGUUGGUAUAAAACCAUUGCACUUCUUGAGGAAGAUGGUUUUAAAGUUACCGCUAUAGACUUAGCUGGUUGCGGUAUUAACUCGAUUAAUAUAAAUGGCAUUGCCAGUUUGUCACAAUAUGUGAAGCCACUUACUGAUAUUCUUGAAAAGCUUCCCAUAGGAGAGAAGGUGAUCUUGGUCGGUCAUGAUUUUGGUGGAGCAUGUAUAUCUUAUGCUAUGGAAAUGUUUCCUUCAAAGAUUUCGAAAGCGAUUUUUCUUGCUGCAGCGAUGCUAACAAAUGGUCAAAGUACACUCGAUAUGUUCUCCCCAAAGGCCGGUCAGAACGAUUUAAUGAGAAAAGCUCAGAUAUUUAUCUACACAAAUGGUAAUGAAAACCCUCCAACCGCCAUUGACUUAGACAAAUCUCUUCUCAGAGACCUUUUGUUCAAUCAAAGCCCUUCAAAGGACAUUGCAUUGGCCUCUGUUUCAAUGAGGUCAAUCCCAUUUGCGCCGGUUCUUGAGAAACUCUCUCUCUCAGAUGCUAACUACGGAUCAGUUAGACGGUACUACAUAGAGACGCUAGAAGACAAUGCUAUACCAAUGACUGUCCAAGAAAACAUGAUUAAUAGUAGUCCACCUGAAAAAGUUUACCGGUUAAAAGGCGCUGACCAUGCUCCUUUCUUUUCUAAGCCACAAGCUUUGCAUAAACUUCUACUCGAGAUCGCCAGAAUCAGCUCUACUUAACCCUAAGUACCUUCAUCAUCAUUCACUAACUGGUGUUCUAAAGUGGCUUCAUGAGAUCUCUCUUCCUUUUUAGUUUUUUUUUUUUUUGAUUCAUUUUGUGAUUUUGUUUCUGUUUCUUUUGUUGUUUAUUCAUGAUUAAUGUCUGUCUGUCUUUCUUCUACUUGUUCUGUUUUCACCAGAAAUAAAAUGUUUAUAGAAAA